GGGAAGCUGUGGAGCGAAUGAAGGCCAAAGGUCCAAGGCCGCACGUCCUGGCGCUGAAUCUCCUCGCGGGCGUCUUGUCGGAGACGUCUCCAAGGAACGCGCGGGCGGUGGCGCAGGAGGCGUUGCGGCUGAGUCAACGACUCGGGGAUAAGGACCUGGAGGCGCAGCUCUGGUUGCGCCUCUCAAGUAUCGAAGCUGCGACCUUGGACAGGGACGACGAGACCUUGCAGGCGUUGGAGAAGGCUAUGGCGCUGUGGAAGCAGCUGCCAGAGAGGUCUGAGGCAAUCGCUUGUGCUCGCUACCUCUCCAUCUCUGUGCUCUUGCGCAUGUUCGACCCUAAGGACAGCCUCAAAGAGGCCUCGCAAGUGCGUGCCUUUUUCUCUGAAGAGAAGGACGCGCAGCGUGAAGCUUUGAGCCUGGUGGCCGUGGCGUCUGUCAGCUUCGCGCGGAACGACGUGGAGGAUGCCAAGGAGUCCCUGGAGUUGGCCAGGGAGCUCUUUCGAGAGGUGUCAGAUCACCGCGGAGAAAUGCUGGCGCUGACCACCCUGGCUGAGAUGUCCCGUAGUAUGGGAGAGAUUUCCGAGGAGGAUGCUUUGCAAUGCGCCAUGGAGGCUUUAGCGGAGUUCCGUCGCCGCGACAACUUGCGAGGACAGGCCUUGGUGCUGUCACUUCUGGCGCGGACUUACGUCCAGAUCCCGGACCCCGAAACCGCCGUCUACGUGGUGCGAGACGCCUUGGCACUCUUCCGCGAGCUGGGUGACCGGAAGUCGGAACAUGCAUUGAUUCGCUCGAUCAUCAACAAUGACCUCAUCCCCAGCUCCAUUGAAGGUUCCGAUGUGGCUCUGAAGGCGGCCAAAGUGGCCUUGGCCGUCUGUCACCAGUCCGAGGACAAGAGGGGGCAAGCAGUCAUGCUGAAGUCAACCUUCAGGAUUUUACUGGCACGCGAGAAGCCGGAGCGCGCCUUACAAGCUGCAGAGGAGGCCCUGAAAAUGUACCGGGAACUGGAGGACCAGGAGGGUGAAGCAGAAAUGACCAUGGAGGCAGCCAAGGUGCUUCUGCAGCGCGAGGAACAUCGCCGCGCCCUAGGGGCCGCCAACUGUGCUGCAGCUCUGUAUCGGGAGGUGGGUGAUCCCCGAGAGCUCUUUGCCUUGCAGCUGGCAGUGGAUGUCCACGCGGCCCGAGGCGACCACGCGAUGGUGCUUGAAACUUCACAGGAGGUGCUAGAGAAGUGCCGUUCGCAACAGGAUCCGGCGUGCGAAGCAGCUUUGUUACAACAGAUUUGCCAGGUGUAUCUGGAGCAAGGUGGAAAAGAGAACGCUGAGGUGGUGGCACGCACUGCCAAGCAAGCGCACGUCUUGGCCAGAGAAGCUGGUGAUCAACACAGAGAGACUUGUGCCCUUGCCGCGCUGGCCAGAGCACAUCUGGCAGCCUCCCGAAACCAGGAGGCUGUGGAAGUGGCGAAAGAAGCCGUGAGAUGUGCCCAUGAGAGCGGAGACCGACCAAGCCAAAUUGUAGCCUUGCAGGCUUUUGGAGACGUGUCGGUGAAAUUGGGUCACCCUUUCGACGCCAUUGAAGCUGCGAAAGAGGCAAUGGACUAUGCACGCUUUGAAGGGCUGGUGGUACAAGAAGCGGCUGCCCUCGGCACCCUGGUGGAUGCACGCUUGGCAAAUGCCGAACCCAGCGAAGCCUUGCGUGCGGCGAAGGAGGCGCAUGAUCGAGCAAAGAGGUUGGGCAACUUGAGGGCCGAGGCCGCGGCCCUUUCUGCUGUGGCCAAGGUAUGCCUUCACAUCAAGGCACCGGCUGAAGCGAUCCAGGCCUUGGAUGGUGCACAAGCCAACUACAAGAAGCUGAAGGAUCGAAAGAAAGAAGCUGCAGUGGUACACUUGGCGGUGAAGGCUCAGCUCUUACAGGGUGAUGCCGUGAAUGCCCUGCGGGCUGCCAAGGAGGCUCGUGGUCUGGCGCGUGAGUUGAGAGAUCGCAAGGCUGAGGCUGAGGCGUG